AUGUCUGGGAGAUCAUUGUUCGAAGUGUCCGGGCUCGACCGUCAGGGUCAUUUUGCCAGUCUGGACUCUCUCGUGGAAGCUCGACAGGCUACCACCGAAGUACCAGUGAACCCUGAGGAGUACAUUACCAGCAUGACUGACGACCAAGUGAGGGAGAAGGCUCGGUUAGCGGCCGUUGAGGAUCCGCUCAAGAAUGCCGAAUCUAAUACGGACAUAUUCCAGAACUCGGACAGUGACGAGAUGGAGUAUGAUGCUGAUCUCUUGGGUGGCCCCAAGCCCAAGGGUGGAUUGGCGAAAUUGACUUCGGGAAUAAAAAUUCCUGGUUUCGUCACCCAGCCAGAUAAAUACACCAAGUAUUCUCUAGACAAAGUCGAUUCGUUGGGAAGAGCUGCUAACGAGCGGGUGGCUGUGGACUUCAUUUACAAACUACGUGGAGAAGAGCCGCCCGAUGGGGUCCUCCCUGUUACUACAUCGGAUUCGUUCAUUCCACAGUAUCGGCGACCCUCGACUGGUGAGGACACCGGUAUGGUGGGGGUGGGAGGCAAUUCGGGAGAAGUUGGCGAUAACUGCCGUGUGAUGCCGGAGUGGACGCCCUUCAACCAAGCUCAACGGCGGAGUCGAUCACGGUCAUCUAGUGAGAGCCGACAGCCGCGCCGAAGGUUGGCUGAGGGGGAGCAGGGCGAGCAGCAGUACUCAGUUGAGAGGAAGGGAGCUAUGAGCAUCACUACGGAGGAGGAUGAUGACGAUGAUGAUGAUGAGUAUUCGGAUAUGCCCGGGUUGAUGGAGCUCGAUAUCGACUGA